UCUAUAGCGUGCUGGCUGCUACUCUCAGGUAAGGAUGAGCGAGGAAGCGGAGCGUUUGCUCAUCCAGUUUCAGGAUGAGGCCGGCGAGCCGCUGGGCUCCCCGUUUGACGUGCCGUUGGACAUCACGCCGGACAAACUGCAGCUGGUCUGCAAUGCGUUGCUGCAGAAGGAUGAGCCGGUGCCCUUGGCGUUCUUCCUGAAGGAGGCGGAGAUCGUGUCGUCCCUGGGCGCGUGCGUACAGGCCCUGGGCGCGGAGACGGAGCAGGUGCUGCCGGUGGUGUACCAGCCCCAGGCGGUGUUCCGGGUGCGAGCCGUCGCCCGCUGCACCAGCUCCCUGCAGGGCCACACCGAGGCCGUCAUCUCUGUGGCUUUCAGUCCCACGGGGAAGUACCUCGCCAGUGGGUCAGGGGACACAACAGUGAGGUUCUGGGACCUGACCACUGAGACACCCCAGUACACUGCCAGAGGACACACACAUUGGGUACUGUCUAUUGCCUGGUCACCUGAUGGAAAGAAGCUAGCCUCCGGGUGCAAAAACAGCCAGAUCUUCCUGUGGGACCCCAGCUCAGGGCAGCAGCUGGGGAAGACUCUGACUGGACACACUAAGUGGAUCACCUGGCUGUGCUGGGAACCACUGCACCUUAACCCUGAGUGCCGCUACCUGGCCAGCUCAUCGAAAGACUGCACGGUGCGGAUCUGGGACACGGUCCUGGGGCGUUGUGACAAGAUCCUGACGGGCCACACCCAGUCGGUCACGUGUGUGAAGUGGGGCGGGGACGGACUGCUCUUCACCUCCUCCCAGGACAGGACGAUCAAAGUGUGGAGGGCCAAGGACGGAGUGCAGUGCCGUACUCUGCAGGGUCACGCUCACUGGGUCAACACCCUCGCCCUCAGCACAGACUACGCUCUCCGCACAGGAGCGUUCGAACCCGCAACCGCCACCGUCAACCCACAGGAUGUCACCGGCUCACUGGAGGAGCUGAAGCAGAAAGCCCUACAGAGAUACAACAGUGUUAGAAGUCAGGGACCGGAGCGGCUGGUGUCGGGCUCCGAUGACUUCACCCUGUUCAUGUGGAACCCCGCGGAGGAGAAGAAGCCGCUGGCUCGACUCACGGGCCACCAGGCCCUGAUCAACGAGGUCCUCUUCUCCCCCGACACCCGGCUGCUGGCCAGCGCCUCCUUCGACAAGUCCAUCAAGAUCUGGGACGGCAAGACCGGCAAGUACCUGACCUCCCUGCGGGGCCAUGUGGCGGCGGUGUACCAGGUGUCGUGGUCAGCGGACAGCCGUCUCCUGGUGAGCGGCAGCAGCGACAGCACCCUCAAGGUGUGGGACGUGAAGACGGGGAAGCUAAACGUGGACCUGCCCGGACACGCUGAUGAGGUGUUUGCUGUGGACUGGAGCCCCGACGGUCAGAGGGUGGCCAGCGGAGGGAAGGAUAAAUGUCUCAGGAUAUGGAGGAGGUAGCUUGACUUCACCCCUCUGCAUCCAGUGAUACUUUACCUGCCAAAUGCCUUGCAGCUGAGUGUCAUCAGACAUUUGGAGAGGACAGCAUGAGGACACUGUGCCCUUUCCAAAGGAACAGAGACUAAACCUGAUCAUUUGACCCAUAACACAGCCCUCUGCCUAGUGAGGAAGACUUUCACUUCUUGGGGGUUGAGUCACGUGGCAAGGACUGGAGGUCAGAGCGAUUGAGUCAUCCCCUCAUAACCAUGAGAAUGUGAUCUUUAACGUCAUAGCGGAGAACACUUGGUAUGGACAGAGAGAAGGAGAUGGAUGAAGUUAGAAAAAUAUAGAAUUUAUAUUUCUAAAUCUCAUGUAUUUACUCACUUUCCCAGGCUCGGGAUCACCCAUUGUCCUCGACUGCGAUAGCUUCGAGGUGCUAAUGCCCC